AUGAAGUUCACUCUCCUCUUGGCCGCUGCUAGCAUCGCUCUGGCUGCUCCUGGCGCCAAGCUUGUUCCUCGAGACACAUCCCCUCUGGUCCCCCGUUCCGCACGCAGGGCCAGAUACAGCUCUGCCCCCAACCAGCGACUCUGGUCUCUCGACUCAACCGAACGCAACGACCAGUACUCUGGCAACUGGGCCGGCGCCGUCAAGAUCGGUACUGGCUACAACAAAGUCCAGGGCACCAUCACCGUUCCCAGCGUCAGCGGCGAUAGCGGCUCUGCUGCUUCUGCUUGGGUCGGAAUCGAUGGCGAUACCUGCCAGACCGCCAUCCUGCAGACUGGUAUCUCGUUCUAUGCGGACGGUACCUUUGAUGCUUGGUAUGAGUGGAUUCCCGACUAUGCGUACAACUUCAACAACUUUGGCGUCAAUGUCGGCGAUGAGAUCCGCAUGACUGUUGACGCGACCUCCAAGACCAAGGGUGUCGCGACGCUUGAGAACCUGACUACAAACCAGAAGGUUACUCACACCUUCACCAACACCCCUUCUACUCUGUGCGAGACCAACGCUGAGUGGAUCGUCGAGGCGUUCCAGGAGGGUGGCAGCCAGGUUAACCUAGCUAACUUUGGCACUGUUACUUUCACUGAUGCCUCCGUUUCGGGAACUCGCGGUACCAGUGGUCCUUCUGGAGCCCAGAUCAUUGAUAUUUCACCUGAUCAAGGUCAGACUGUCCAGGCACAGGGUUCCCUUAGCGGCAACUCGGUUACUGUCCAGUAUGUCGGCAACUAG